ACGGUAACCUGGAGACGCUGUUAGCCUGAAACAUGGCGCCCUGUCUGCUGCUUCACUAGCUGGGAGGCUAAUACCCGUUAAAACUCCACUUUUUCCGACCAAAACGAUCUUAAAAACGGCGGCGGUUAGAUGGACUUCACUUAAGAGACCAACACGUCGCGUUUAUUUUGCGUUUUUUUCCGCCGUCCGUUCACUCGCGUUAGCCUCCUGUUAGCAUCUGUGCUAGCUGUAGCAUUAGCAGGCUAGCCGUCUGUUUGUGUUCACUGAUGGCUUUCUACGAGGUUUACUCCCAUCCGGCCGUGGUUCGGUACAGAACCAGUGUCUGUACUAAAGCUACCGUGUUCCUGCUGGUGGUUCUGGGUCUCACCUACAUCUCUCCGCUGCUGGUCGCCUACAGGAGUCAAGGUUUCUGGGUUAAAAGAAGCACGUAUGAGGAGCAGCCGGUGGUGAAGUUCCAGUAUGAGACUCUCCUGGUGGCAGCGACCAGCGUUCAGGGAGACUUUGUGGCCUGGAGCAGCUUCAGCCACCUGAACAACAUGCUGGGAAACAACCUGAGGAUCCCUGCUGUCUCUGUGAUAGAGGUGGACCAGAACCAUGACGGGAAGUUGGACCUUCUGAUCUUCCAGCUGCAGCUUCCUCUGAAACCCGAUGAGCAGAUUUACAGCAUCCAGCUGCUGCUCACCUUCAGCUACCAGCUCUUCCGGAUGUCCACAGUGGUGAUGCAGAGUUUAGCUUACGUCCAACAUUCGUCUUCUGUUCCUGGAGCAAAGUUGUUCAUCAGUGGAGACCUGAAGCUGCAGCAGAGAGUUCCACUGCCUCACCGAGGACUCUACAACGUUUAUAAUGUUUCAGUGAUCGACGGUUCGAGUCCUUUUGCAAGUUCCUACGACCUCGACAACAUAAUUAGAAGCUACCAGGACAGAAACUUGUCCACAGUUCUGUCCUGUCCGAUGCCCGUCUGGACCGUUGGUCGAGCUGCUGGUUCUCCCUUCGAGCUGAACGCUGAGAUUCGUUACCCUCUGGAGGUCAUCAGUUAUCGUCCGGGCUUCUGGGAAACCAUCAAGUUGGCCUGGAUUCAGUACGUCAGCGUCCUGCUCGUCUUCCUCUGGGUGUUCGAACGCAUCCAGAGGUUCGUCUUCCAGAACCAGGUUCUGACAACGGUACCGGUCCCAGUGGGAAAACCUCACCUGUCCUGAUGCAAACGUACAGGUUCUUGAUGGGUCUAAGUCAGGACUUUGGGGAGACCAGUCUGGAACCUUCAUUCUAACCUGAUGGAACCAUUUCUUUACCACGUCUGAUGUGUGUUUGGACUCAUUGUCUUGUUGAAACAUCCAACUGUGUCCAAGAUCAACCUUCUGCUGUUGGUUUUAGGUUUUCCUGAAGAACGUGGAGGUGAUCCUCCUUCUUCAUUAUUCCAUUUACUUUGUGUAAAGCUCCAGUUCCACAGAGCAUGAUACUGCCACCUCCAUGCUUGAUGGUAGGUUUAACUAAUAUGAGCAUACAAAAGCAUUUUUCAUUGGUGGAAACUGUGCUUAGUAUGAAUUACAACAAGCCUCCUGAAUACAUUUCAAACAGCAAAUUAAACAAAGAAGUGCUGCUUCCAA